AUGAAGUAUAGCCUGGUACUGGCCGCCCUGGCCUCUCUCGGCACCGCCGCCGACUGCCCGGCCUACGAGCAGUACGCCCGCCAGCGCCACGAGCCGUUUUCGUGCGGCAAGUACAAGUUUCCCUACCAGCGGCCCGCCGAGGCGUGCCGCUCGUACGCCGUGCCCGAGGUCGAGCGCGUCCUCGCCGACAUGAAGGCCAAGGUGCGCGACCCGGACCUGUACCGGCUCUUCGUCAACACCUGGCCCAACACGGUGGACACGACGGUGCUGUGGCACGGGGUGUCGGCCGAGAACCCCGACGAAGAGCUUGCUUUUGUCAUCACGGGCGACAUCAACGCCAUGUGGCUACGCGACAGCGCCAACCAGCUGCAAUCCUACAAGCCCAUCCUCAACGCCACCACCGGCGGCAGCAGCGGCAACAACACCACCCACUCCAUCGCCGCGCUCUUCCGCGGCGCCAUCAACCUCCAAGGCCGGUACCUGCGCAAGAACCCCUACUGCAACGCCUUCCAGCCGCCGGCCGAGUCGCUCAUCCCGCCCGUCCACCACCGCAAGCGCAGCAGCACGCUCCUCCUCCGGCGGGGCGACACCGUCUCGCCGCCGUACGACCCCAACGCCGUGUGGGAGUGCAAGUACGAGCUCGACUCGCUCGCCGCCUUUCUGCAGCUCUCGCACGACUACCACGACGCCACGGGGGACGCCGCCUUCUUCGGGCGCUUCUCGUGGCGGCAGACGGUGGCGGUGCUGCUCGACACGGCGCGCGCGCUCAUGGCCGGCACGUACGCCGCCGACGGCCGCGUCCAGCCGUCGCCGUACACGUGGCGCCGCGACGCCGACACCGCCACCGAGGUCGUCGCCAACCGCGGCGCCGGCAGCCCCGUCGCCGACCGCAUCGGCAUGGUCCGCAGCUUCUUCCGCCCGUCCGACGACGCCACCACGCUCCAGUACUUUGUGCCCGCCAACAUGAUGUUCGCCCAGGGGCUGCGCAGCUGCGCCGUCAUCAUGCGCGCCCUCGACCCCGCGCUGGCGAGGGACAUGGAGGACAUGGCCGCCGGCAUCCGCCGCGCCAUUGACGAGUACGCUGUCGUCGCGCACCCCAAGUACGGCGAGGUGUACGCCUACGAGGUCGACGGCUUCGGGUCCGUCAAUUUCAUGGACGACGCCAACAUCCCCUCUUUGCUCAGCAUUCCUCAUCUCGGGUACGAGGACAACAGCAACAGCAUCUAUAAGCGCACCCGCGACUUUGUCCUCAGCCGCUCCAACCCGUACUUUAGCACCGGGCCCGUCAUCAACUCGACGGGCGGUCCGCACCUCGGACCCGGCAUGGCCUGGCCGAUGGGCGUCAUCAUGCGCAUCAUGACGAGCGAUGAUGACGACGAGAUUGUCAGCGGCCUGCGGACGCUCAUGGGCGCCACCAGCGGCCUGGGUUUGAUUCACGAGUCCGUCAAUACCUUUGACGACACAAACUGGAGUCGCUCGUGGCACGUUCUCUCCUCCUCCCCUAAGAUAUGA